GCCGCGCCCGGCCGCAGGCGCCACCAGUCCGUCGGCGCCAUCGUGCAGGCCAUCGAGAACGGCGAUCGUCGCGAGCCGCCCCGGCAACCAGAUGACGUCAUCAAGCCCACGGAGGAGAUGGGCCCGCUUUACGCUCUGCUUUCAAAGGACAGGUCAUCACUGGAGGUUAGGACUGUCCGAACCGUUAAAAGAGAAUCACAACAGCGCCAAAAGGAUAGAACACCACGCUCUGCCGAUAAUGAGGGGCCGAUUUCUCCUGAGAACAACACAGCAUAUGAUGAGCGGCCGCAGGACGUCUCCAAGGAAAUCGAGGCAAGGGAUCCACAUCUGUAUCGCGCAACGUCUCUCCCGAGGGGCUACUGUAGAAGAUCGGGCAGUGAGCUGGACUUCCUGACUGAAACCUCUCCCCAGCAACGGCACCAACUGCUGAAGCGGCUCGUCGACAAGCACGGCUCGUCGCUGGAGGAGCCCCGCGUGGAGCGGACCAAUCUGAGAUCCGCCUCUAGCACGUCCGACAUAGUGCGGGCGACUCGGCCCGGGCCGGGUCUCAGCUACGACGGCGACACCAUAGACCGGCUGCUGGCGCGGCCGCAGAAGAUACACAUCCCCGAGCGCUACGUCCCGGAGCUGGAGCUGGAGCCGAUGACGGCCGAAGAACGGCUUCAGAGAAGCCGGAAAGCGGCGUCCAUCAGGAAAAUGCUGACUCAAAGUACCGGGUUUUUGGAUAGCAUUUGCUUCGGCUGGUAA